GAACACAGUUACAUCGGACCCUAAAAAUUUUCAAACAUUCAUAUUCGUAAUUCGCAGAUUUGCAAUCAAAGAUCGUCUACGCGAAUUCUGAAUCUUCGCAAUGGCGGACGAGGCGAACAGAGCUACAUUUUUGGAAAUUCAAGGUCGCAUGAUUGAGAUUACUGGAAAGCUGAAGCAGGUGCAAAGCCAGGUACGAAACAAGGAGGGAGAAAAGAAGCGUGCCUUUUUAACCUUGGAGGAACUUAAACAGUUGUCCGAUGACACCAAUGCGUACAAAUCGAUAGGGAGAGCGUUUGUUUUAGAGCCGAAAUCGGUUCUAAUGGCGGAACAGGAGCAAAAGUUCAAGGAUAGUGAAGCUGCAAUUGUCUCACUGCAGAGCUCAAAGGAGUAUCUAGAGAAGCAAAAGGCGGAGGUGGAGAACAACUUGAAGGAGCUGGUGCAACAAGAUCCAGGUAUAGCUCGCCAGAUUAUGUCCAUGUCUGUAGCAUAAGACAUGCUCUCCUCUCUCCCUUUGAAUCUGACAUUAGCUGAUCUUGUUCCCAAGAAUUUUAGUUUGUUGGCUGCUGUGUUAUUCUGAUGCUUGUUUCAUAUGCAUCACAUACUCCUUAAGUUCCCAAUUCUGGCAUGGGAUAAGUUUGAAAUUUCUUAACUAGAUAAUGGAUAGAAUGCCCAAAAAUGAUUCUCCA